ACCGUAGCGUAUGCGGUAUGUAGUGAAGUGGAUGGAGUGGAGCCGACACUAGUAACAUACCAACUUGAGCUGAGCCUGAGCGGAGACUACAAUCUGACUGACGACCACACUUGUUUGAACAGACCGAGACCUAGUUUUCCUGAUAAAAAUCACCAUGGCAAUACCUGAGAGCAGCAGUGGUAAUGGCUUCCAGUUUGCCAUCGACAGGGGUGGCACCUUCACUGAUAUCUACUGCAAGUGCCCGACCGGGAAGGAAAUUGUGAUGAAGCUGCUGUCUGUUGAUCCUGCCAACUACUCUGAUGCUCCAAUGGAAGGCAUCAGGAGGAUCCUUGAACAGGAAACUGGAAUCUCCAUGCCUCAAGGUCAGCCCUUAGAUACGUCUAUCAUCGAUUGGAUCAGGAUGGGAACAACAGUUGCUACCAAUGCCCUGUUGGAGCGCAAGGGGGAGAGAAUGGCGCUAGUCAUCACCAAAGGGUUCCGAGAUCUGCUCCACAUAGGUAACCAAGCCCGUCCAAAGAUAUUUGAUCUGGAGAUAGUAUGCCCUGAGGUGCUCUAUGAGGAAGUAAUUGAAGUGAAGGAGAGGAUGGUCAUCCAACAAGAUAAAUGUGGAUUACCUCAUCAAGAAUUUGCACAAACUUUCACUAGCAGCACCUCUGAAAAGCUAAUAGAAUGGGAUCCAAUCGACAAGGAUACUCUCAAGGCAGAUUUACAGCGAGUUUUGGACAAGGGUAUCAAAAGCUUGGCUGUAGUGCUCAUGCACUCCUACAUGUUUGAAGAUCAUGAGAGAGAGAUAGGAGAGCUUGCUCUAUCAAUGGGUUUUACUCAUGUCUCCUUGUCUGGUUCUAUCAUGCCCAUGGUCCGUAUUGUCCCAAGAGGAUUUACAGCAUGUGCUGAUGCCUACCUUACCCCUUGCAUCAAGUCAUACCUGAACAGCUUCUCUGCAGGGUUCAAAGACAAUCUCAAGGACACACAGGUUCUCUUUAUGCAAUCAGAUGGAGGCCUCACACCAAUGGACAAGUUCAAUGGAUCGCGAGCCAUUCUCUCAGGUCCUGCUGGUGGAGUAGUAGGCUAUGCUCUUACAACCUACAACAGGGUGUCAAGUCUACCUGUUAUUGGUUUUGAUAUGGGAGGUACAUCAACAGACGUUAGCAGGUAUGCCGGAGAGUAUGAGCAUGUGUUUGAGACGACAACAGCAGGUGUGACAAUUCAAGCACCCCAGCUUGAUAUCAAUACUGUUGCUGCUGGAGGUGGCUCACGGUUGUUCUUCCGCUCUGGGAUGUUUGUAGUCGGACCUGAGUCAGCAGGGGCACACCCUGGUCCAACAUGCUACAGAAAAGGAGGACCUCUGUGUGUGACAGAUGCUAACUUAGUUCUGGGACGUCUUCUACCCGAGUAUUUCCCCAAAAUCUUUGGUAAAGAUGAAAAUCAACCUCUUGAUAAGGAUGCUUCCAUGCAAGCCUUUGUAGAUCUGACAGAUCAGGUGAAUGCGUUUUUAUCUGGCCAAGAAGGAAGUAGCAGAACUAACCCCAUGACCCCUGAGGAGGUCGCUAUGGGUUUCAUACGUGUAGCCAACGAGGCCAUGUGUCGUCCAAUCAGAGCCCUAACUCAGGCUAAAGGCCAUGACACAUCUGCUCAUGUGUUGGCCUGCUUCGGUGGUGCUGGAGGCCAGCAUGCUUGUGCAAUAGCUCGAUCUCUGGGUAUGUCAACCGUCUUUAUACACAGGUACUCUGGUAUCCUCUCUGCCUAUGGCAUGGCCCUGGCUGAUGUGGUGCACGAUACUCAGGAACCCUGCGCUGAUUCCUACGGGCCGUCAACAUUCAAGCAUAUAGAUGAACGAAUAGAAGUGUUGAGAGAACAGUGCAUUGAGGAACUCACAAAGGAAGGCUUUGCAAGAGACCACAUAGAGACUGAACCCUACCUCCACAUGCGAUACGACAAAACGGAUUGCGCCCUCAUGUGUUCCGCUGCGUCCUUCCCUGCGACAGGCUCGACAAGCAGUCAUGGGGAUUUCCUUGCUUCCUUCAUGGCAAGGUAUAAGAGAGAGUUUGGCUUCGUCAUCCCAGAAAGGAGGGUUUGUGUGGAUGAUAUCCGAGUCCGAGGGGUGGGCAAAACGUUGAUUCCUCUGGACGCUAAGAAGAAUCCAACAGGAGCUCCGCCAAGGGUUGAAAAGAUGAUAAAAUGCUACUUUGAAGAGGGAUUGCUGGAUACAGCCGUUUAUCUCCUUGACGACCUGUCAUGUGACCAUACCAUCAUAGGCCCCGCCAUCUUGAUUGAGAAGAACAGUACUAUUCUGGUUGAAAAUAACUGUGUCGCUACCUUCACGGAGAACGGAGAUGUGAAGAUACAGGUUGGAAGUGAUGAUCUCAAAGUGAUUGGUACAGACCUUGAUGCUAUCCAGCUUUCCAUCUUCUCUCAUCGGUUCAUGAGCACUGCAGAACAGAUGGGUAGAGUGCUUCAACGAACGUCCAUAUCCACCAACAUCAAGGAGCGGCUUGACUUCUCUUGUGCUAUGUUCGGAUAUGAUGGAGGACUGGUUGCGAAUGCACCCCACAUCCCAGUCCAUCUAGGUGCAAUGCAAAAGACUGUCCAAUAUCAGAUGGAAACAUUAGGUGAUGACUUGAAGGAAGGAGAUGUGAUCUUAUCAAACCAUCCUGCUGCUGGUGGCAGCCAUCUUCCUGAUCUCACCGUCAUCACUCCGGUAUUCUAUCCAGGACAGCCGCGUCCGGUGUUCUAUGUAGCCAGCAGAGGGCAUCAUGCAGACAUAGGGGGAGCCUCGCCAGGAUCCAUGCCUCCAUUCUCCAAGUCAAUAUUUGAGGAAGGAGCCGUCUUCUUUUCCUUCAAACUUGUCAAAGAAGGUGUCUUCCAAGAAGAAGCUGUGACAGCAGAACUAAUGAAGCCAGCUCAGUACCCAGGAUGCACCGGGACAAGGAAUCUCCAUGACAACCUAAGUGACCUCCGUGCACAAGUUGCAGCCAACCACAAGGGUAUAAUCUUGAUCAAACAACUCAUUGAUUACUACACCCUGCCAGUGAUCCAAGCCUAUAUGAAGCACAUCCAGGAUAAUGCUGAGAUCGCGGUCAGGGACAUGCUCAAAGAGAUUGGUCAAAAGACCCUUAGAGAGACCGGACAAACCCGCCUUGCUGCCAUUGACCAUCUUGACGACGGGUCGCUAAUCGCUCUGAAAGUGGACAUCAACGUUGAAAAGGGAACUGCAACAUUUGACUUUAGUGGUACCGGGCCUGAGGUUUAUGGAAACCUGAAUGCACCCUCUGCUGUUUGUCUAUCAGCAGUCAUCUACUGUCUACGAUGCAUGGUCGGACAUGAUAUACCACUCAAUCAGGGUUGCCUGAACCCGAUCAAGAUCAUCAUUCCGGAGGGUAUUCUUCUCAACCCUACCCACAAUGCAGCAGUCAUUGGUGGUAACGUAGAAACAUCGCAGAGGAUUGUAGAUGUCAUACUCAAAGCGUUCCAAGUCUGUGCUGCCUCUCAGGGAACCAUGAACAACUUCACGUUGGGAGAUGAAGAUGUUGGAUACUACGAAACAAUAGCAGGAGGGGCUGGCGCUGGUCCCACGUGGCACGGUAGGAGUGGUGUCCAUGUUCAUAUGACCAACACCAGGAUCACUGAUCCAGAGAUAUUUGAAAGAAGAUAUCCUGUUGUAUUGAAGCAGUUCCAGUUGAACCCUGGCACCGGAGGAGCAGGGCAAUUCCGGGGUGGGGAUGGGGUCAUCAGAGAGGUCCUCUUUAGACGACCCUUGACCAUCGCACUCCUGAGUGAACGCAGGUCGUUUAGACCUUAUGGAAUGAAAGGUGGCUGUGAAGGAAAGCCAGGAAGUAAUCACUUCAUCUUUGCCAAUGGUCAUACUAUCAACCUUGGAAGCAAGAAUACCAUCGAUGUGAAGGCUGGGGAUGUAUUACUUAUCCGCACUCCUGGUGGAGGUGGUUACGGGUCCCCUGACAACAAUGACAACGACGACGAUAGCAACAACAGGCCACGGAAGCGAUCUCGCAAAGAUGAAGAUCCAAACAGUCACUUCCUAGAGAGGGGAAGCGUCUAUGCCUACAGACUAGCCCAAGAACAGGUCUAAUUCAUUCCAGUUCAUGUCAACCAAUUGACUACUGAAUUUUGUAAUUCCCAUAGGUUUUGGACAGGGACCAUGUGGUUCAAGUAGGCAAUGGGUUAAUCGGACUAGAAACUACAUGUAACCAAAACUAGAAAUUGUUUUCCCAUGAAAAUUAGCAUAAUGAACAAAGGCUGAAGGAUUUGGGUAAUAAUGAGGGUUUUCUGUUCAUACAGAACACAGAAUUUAAAGUGUCCUUGAUGAUGGUUAUGAUGAUGUCAAAGUUGGUGCAAUUAUUUAAGGGGGCUUCAGCUUACACAAAUUUUCUAUACAAAUGCAAUAUAUAUAUUUCUGCACUGCAUGUAUGUUUGCUUGCAGUAGACAUAUGGUUCCUUCUUCAUAAAUGAUUGCUUUAAAAAAAAAAUGGGGUUGACCUAUAGCCUCAUUUCUUUUAAAUAGCUUGUCUCAAAAGGUCAACGAAACUUUUACUGAGUGAAAUGGGAAGUUUAUUUUCAAGUGAGAAAGAAGAAAUGGAAAUUUCUUAUUCAUUUUACUUGAAAUUUAAUUGUUAGUUGAUACUUGGGUGUUGUUUCAGGAAUGUGAAUGUAAGAAUAAAAAGAGAAAAAUCAGACAAGCUUAAUGCUGAAUAUUUCAUCAGAAUCGGAUGUUAAAUAGGAAAGUUAUGACAUUAUAAGAUUUAGGUUAAUGAGGAAUCUGAGGAUGUCACCCACUCACUAUUUCUUUUGCAGUUUAUUAUAAUAUUGGAUAAUCAAACAAUACAAAUCAAAAGAAAUAGUGAGUGACAUCAUUGACUCCCAUUUGCAUAUCUCUCUGUUGUACCUAUUACUGCAAUGGAGAAAAAUAAGCAAAAUUCUAAAUAGUCGUAAAUUACAUCUGAUUUCAGUGAAACUUUUGCUAGUUUGAAUUUAUUUCUUUUCAUUCAAAUCAACUUAUUAUUGGGAUGGACCUAUGAGUACAUCUUUACGAAAACUGGUGACAUGAAAGUUUAUGAGGAUAUCCUUGUUUUAUGGGACUUAAUCAGAUUCUUGUUUAAUUUUAUUUCCAGUAUCUGAUUAAAACUCUUGUUGAUAAAGGUGUCUAACUACAAAGCUUUUCCAUUGUCAAAAUUGUAUAGGGCUAUAUGAAAUCCAAACCUACAAUGUUAAAUGAGGAAAUUUUUCUCCUCGAACACAUCAAUCGUACCUGAAGUCAUGAUACUUACAAAAACUUUAUAAAACAACAUCCUGAUUAGGAUGUGCCUUGUUAAUGUAUUCUUCAAAAAUUGUUGGCUUUUGAUAUUAAUAUAUGGAUUUAUUGCACAUUUAACUUUCAGAAUUCAAUUGACACAAAAGUAUUUUAUCUAAAUAGUAAUUUUAACAUAGAACUUCUUAUACUUUAUUCCAGCACAAAUUAUAUAAAACAGAAGUGAAUAAUGUACAGUGAAGAACUAGUGCACAGUGAUUUUUGUUCUGCUGUAAGUAUAAUAAUGCACCAAUAGUCUUUCCCAUAUUGAACUUCAUUUUUCUUUAGAGCAAUUCCAGAAAAUAUGUAAACCAACCCCCUAUACAUGAGACUUUCUGAACAACUGGCCAUGUUCUCUAGUUCAUAUGAAAAGUUGUAAUGCUCUCAAAUUAUUGAGCUGUUCAUGAAGUGAAGUUAAAUAAUAAUUGAUAGAAGUGGGGUUGAUUAUGGACCUGAAAAUUAAUAAAUAUGGCUUGAGAAUAUAAAAUAGAACUUUGCCAAUUUACACACAGAAACAGUGGUUUUAUUUGAGUGAAUGUUUACUUGCAACACUUUGU